AUGGUAUCCGAAACAGUCGAAGAGAAGCGGCCUCUUUACCCCGAUUAUCUCCCAUUUUAUGACCCCCUCGAAAAGGUCGAGAUGGUCGGGCCAUUCGAGCACGACGACCCUGGUCAUCGAGCCGAUCCAUCAUUCCCGAAUCUCUUGAAAAAGGCGACCAAUGUUGUCCAAUUGAGCCCUCACUGUGGAACAGAGCUUAAGGGUGUCCAGAUUUCGGAGCUUUCAACCGAGGGCCUAGACGAACUCGCGCUCAUGGUGGCAGACCGAGGAUGUCUAGUAUUCCGGGACCAGACCUUCACGGAUCUGGGAUUCGAGGAGCAGAAGAGAAUUGCCUCUCACUUUGGCCCUCUCCACAAGCAUGGAUGGAUGCCUCAUCCCAAAAAUGGCCCGGAGGAAUUUGUCAUUGUUUAUGACUCUAAAGAUGACCUGCGCAUUCGCAAAUCUUGGGCUAGAAAAAGCCCAAUCCAGUUCCAUGUUGAUCAGUCCCCCGAGACUCAGCCUCCGGGUGCGACAUUCUUCUGCAUGCUCGAGUCUCCUCCCGGCGCGGGCGGAGAUACUAUCAUUUCUAACAUGACACGCGCAUAUGAACGCCUUUCACCCUCGUUCCGCAAGCGUCUCGAGGGUCUCAAGGCAGUUCACACAACCGCGAACCCUAUCAUGCGCGAGAUUCGCGACAACGGCCCCGAUUCCGUCCUCCGUCGACCAAUUACUCGAACCAUCCACCCAGUCGUAAUCAUCCACCCUGUCACCAAAAAGAAGGCACUCUUUGUCAACUCCUCCUAUACCCAAAGUAUUGUGGGCUGGGACGAGGAAGAGUCGGACUACAUGCUGAAGUUCUUGUUCGACCACAUCAACCGUGGACAUGAUUUCUGCUGUCGUGUGCGCUAUGAACCUGGCACGGUGGUUAUUUGGGAUCAGAGAGUCACGCAGCAUUCGCAGACUCUGGAUUAUCAGGCGGGUUCUCGCCGCCAUGCUUUCCGGUUGACUCCUUUGGCUAAUGUGCCGAUUCCGAGUUUGAUUGAGGAGGAUGAUGGGGAGUGUGCGAAAGAUGAAGGCCGGAUGAUGCUGAAUCUCUGCUAG